UUUAUUUUGACAAGUAUUUUCGCCUGUUUGUUUACGUAUGGAAAAGCGGCGGCAUAUUAAAUUUCGAAAUGGAUUACUAUUAUGAAGACUACAAUUAUGAUAACAACUACAUAGAUUAUGAUGACGAAGACGUGGAGCUUUUUCCUUGGACAUUUCAAACAACAUUAAGCGAAUGUAUUAUACCAUCUGGAAAGCAAAUUUUAAGCUAUAUCGGCACACUAAUCGGUUGUUGCUUGGUUUUUCGUUUUGUGUGUUCAAUUGCCAAGCACCAACAACGCUAUAAAGUGAUGCAUAUGGUGUCGUUAAUAACUGGAUUUGUUGCUUUGUUCUUCACACUAGGUUUUCAGUGCUUAAUCGUCGUAUUUUUGUGUCUAAUUUCAUACACCACAAUGCUUAUUGGUCAAUAUUUCAAUUGGCGCUCAUAUGGUCUCAAAUUGACAAUUACAACUAUUGCAAGUCAUAUUCUUUUUGAACUGCUGUGGAACAAGACAGAUGAGUGGCAACGAAUUCGAGGUCUGCAAAUGAUUUCUGCAAUGAAAAUAAUCUCGCUGGCAUUUGACUUAAAGCAGAAUGAUAAAAAUGAGGAAAAUAUAUCUUCUAUACCAGGGUUAAUACCUUUCUUUGGAUAUAUCUUCAAUCCAGCAACAAGUGCACUAGGUCCUUGGAUAUCAUACAGUGCAUAUUUACGCAGCAUACAAUUUGUACAUAAGGGUUAUCGUUGGCUCUAUUGGACUGUCUUAAAUGCCGUACUGGCCAUAGCUUUUUUAAGUCUGUCUGACUGUUUGGUACCAAUUACUUUGUCGCAUAGUUCAUGGAAAUGGAUGCUUACAUAUAGAGAUGCGUUAUCAGUACGUUGCAGUCAAUAUUUCAUAUGUUUUCUUUCCCAAGCCACUGUAGCUGCUGCUGGCAUUGUACCGUAUAACGAUGGAAGACCAAAUAGUGCUUUAGGUUACUUAGUAUGCAAACCAUGGGAAAUCGAAUUUCCACGAUCACUUACAUCUGUAGUAAGAAGCUGGAACCUGCCAAUGCAUAAAUGGCUGAAAAUCUACAUGUUUCGUCCGAUGCAUAAUCGCUAUAAAAAUUAUUUAAUAGCAAUAAUAUUUACAUAUAUUGCAUCAUCGUUACUGCAUGGCGUCCACUUGAAGAUUUAUUACGUGCUGUUUUCACUUGGAUUUUUUGCAAUUACGGAAAAUAUGUUAAGAUUAAAAUUGGCAACAAUAUUUAACGCGUGUGUCGCCGCCAAUCCAUGCCAGAAACCUUGUAAGUAUAGGAAUUGCUAUAGCUACGGCUGGAAUAGCAACACCCUCAUUGUGGCUGUAAUUAAUGUGAUAUUUAGUAUCUUAACCACUGUACACCUGGCUUAUCUUGGCGUUAUGAUGAGCGAAACAAACUUGGAACAACGAGACAAUCAUUUCACUAAUUUGUUGACGAAAUGGCACAAUUUAUACUUUUUCAGUCACUGGUUUUAUUUCGCCAAUUUGUUAUUUUAUUAUAUUAUAUAGUUGAUAUCUAUCCAAAUGAUCUGAAGUUGUGUUAUAGUAUUACAGUAUUAUAUUUUGUAUUAUCAUUUUA